AUGAGCUACAACGGUUACGAAACUUCGUACACAUCCUACGGCGCCGGCGGCGGUGCUGGUGGAGGCGGCUUCAUACCAGGAGAGGGCGGCAGUACACAGAGCCCGGGCGGUCGACAAGACCGUGCCCAAGACACCCUGCGCCCCGUCACCAUCAAGCAGAUACUGGAUGCUCAACUUGAAGCCGGCAGCAAUGACGCCUUCAAGAUCGACGGCACAGUAGUCACCCAGCUCACAUUUGUCGGCCAAAUACGCAACAUAUCCAACCAGACCACCAAUACUACAUACAGGCUCGAUGACGGCACUGGCAGUAUAGAAGUCAAGCAAUGGGUCGAUUCCGAUGCCCAAGAACAGACCAACCCCACCAAAGCGAAACUCGUCGAAGGUGCUUACUGCAGAGCAUGGGGUAAGCUGAAGAGCUUUAACGACCGAAGAUCUGUCGGAGCGACAGUUAUCCGACCCGUCGAAGACAUGAACGAGGUUUCCUACCACCUACUCGAAGCGACCGCCGUACAUCUAUACUUCACUCGCGGACCUCCUGGCGGUGCGCAGGGCGGUGCGGCUGCUACCAACGGCGCCGGUGGACAGCAGCAAGCGGCCAUGGGUGGCAGCUACGGCGGCUAUGAUCUCGGUGGCUACAACCAGACAGCGAAGAAGGUGUUCCAGUAUCUGAGAGAAGCGCCGCAAUCGAACGAGGGUCUGAACCAGCAUGAGAUUGCCGCGAAACUCGGUAUCGACACAGCAGAGGUCGCAAGGGCUGGUGAUGAUCUGUUGUCAGGUGGUCUCAUCUACACGACUGUUGACGACCAGACCUGGGCCAUCCUUGAGGCAGAUUAA